AACCAAACAAAACAAGACAAUGCAUGCCGUCGUAUCGCUCGCCCUUGUGGCCGUCUGUGCUGCCCCCCUUGUCGGCGCGUCUGCGGCGCCCCGAGGUGGUGCAGCAUCUAUCAAGCCCAACGUCGAGAGCGCCGCCGCAAACGCAGCCCACGUCUUCAACGCCGUGCACUCGGCCGGCAGGCAAUGGGGAGCCGCGCUCAACCACAACGGCUUCGGCUUCUUCCCCGCCGUCGUGCCCAGGGGCACGCUCCUCUACCACGGCGCCGCCAGCCCGGACCCGCCCCGUGGCCCGGAGUGGCUGGCGUUUGAGAUGGAGCACGCCGAGCUCUUUGCCCAGUCGUGGCGGCAGGACGAUGAAGGAGAUGGAGAAGAAGAAGGCAACGGCAUCGCGUCAAGUCGGACUUCUUGGUCGCCACGAACUCACAUCCACGCCGCCACCGCCUCACAACAAAGGCCGCUAGCCCGCGGCAUCAUCAACCGUAGGGGCUACUUUCACACGUACCGCGCGCGCCGCGACCUGAAGCUGCUGUACAUCGACGGUAUGGCCGCGGCCAAGUCGAGCUUCGGGCCGCUCGACUCGCAGGACCUCGUGCUGCGCGAGAACAAGACGGGUCCGUUGGACGACAACAUGUGGGACGAGGUAGGCCGCGCGCGCGACGUGUGCCGCUUCGUCACCGAGGUCGGCAUGGACGGUUUCGUCCGGGUGGAGAUUGGGUUCGAGGUUGUCUACUGCGACGACUUCGCUACCGGACUUGACCCCGUGAGCGUAACGCGGUCGUUUAUGCCCCCAAAGGAGGAGGAGGACGGCGCGGCUACGACGCAGAACAUGCUCAUGUAUCAUAUGGCGCGGGCGGCGAGCCGCGAGUACGACGGGCUGGGGAGUCGCUUGCGGCUCGACUUUUCGUCCAUGGUUUCGGGCUUCUUCUUCUUCUCUCCCAUCAAAAACGUUUCGAGUAAAGCAGAUGCCGCCGCUUCGCCCGAUUUGAUACGCCUCGGCGCCGCCGCCAGCAUGGACGAGCUCCUGGAUAUGAAGCACCACCUGCGUGACGUGUGCCUCCGACCGAGGAGAUUCACCGUCGACUGGCAGUCUGCUGUGGUGGACGGCCUGGUCGACCGCUUCGCCGACAGGCUGGCGUCGAUGGCGUCCGGGAAGCUGUCGGCCGAGUACUUUAUCGGGGAGCUGGAGCGAGCGACUCUGGUGUACUCGGAUGCGCCAGCCCUGCCCGGUGAUCGUGCGGCGGCUCGCAACCGGACGGCCGAGGCGGUUGAUCGCUGUACAGAGCAUCAUCUCUUGCCCGCCCUGGCCUACCAAGACGAGUGGCAUUUGCAAGACAAACUUAUUUACACCGCCGUCGAGGCCGUAGCGCGCGACAUCUGCCAGACACUCUUUGAGGCGCUCUCUGCACUCCGACGUGCUAGAGUCACGGAUGGGCCACGCAUUGGCGAGGAGGCCAUUGACCGCAGCCGCGAGGCGCUCCGUCACCUCAUGGAUCGUCUAGCGUGGACAGAGUGGAAGAAGCCGCGGCCAUGCCCCGUCGACCAGGUAUCCUUUGUCGCCAUGUACCCCUUUGGCGACGCCGAGGACCACUGGCACCCAGGGUGUCGGUCCAUCGAGGACCUGUUGGGGUUCGGUAGGCACGGCUACUGGGACCGUGACUUUCUAUCGCCGAAGGACGACGACGACGACGACAGCGUCGACGGCGAACUACGAUGAUGGCGUCCUCUCCAGGACGAGGCAUCGUGAGCCCCGCGCCGCGAAGCGCCGUGCCACUUGCAACAACACAACGAUGGAGAGCGCUGGCGUCCGCGAUGCCGCCACAUUGGCUUUGCCCCUAAUUGUGGUGUCACUAAGACAUCCUACGACGAGAACGCGCGAGGUUCCGACGGCAAACAACAAAAUAAACGACCAGUUGUAGUGGACUCGUGCCGAAAGCUUCACAGUAUUGCUUGCGAACCCCUAAGCCGUUCAAGCGAGAUCCAGCCCGGCUCCGCCGACCGCGCAUCCAAAUCACCAUUUUCUCAUCCCGUUCCAAGCAGAUGUCCUAGUCACAACCGCUAACAGGGUGCCCGAGGAGCCGAUCCGGCUGGCAACGACGAGAGAGGGGAGGGAGGGGCAACGAUGACAAUCCGGGGACUCGCCCCGUCCGUCUCUUCUUCGACCCCAAACAGGGACAAAUCGUCUUUCCCCGCAUAUCAGCAAAGAAGUUCGCGUGGGCGGCGGGCCAUGACAAUUACUUAGUACAGUAUAGGCUCGGUCACUGCGCUUCUUUUUCUAAACCCUGGCGGAUGCAACGUCGUCAGCAAUCAUCUCCAUUCUCCACGUUCCCCUCCCCCGCACACGGCGAACAUAUUCCCGUCGGCUAGUUGUCAACACCCAUAAGCACACACAGCGCCAACGGUAAAUCAUCCGACGCCGCGGAAGAGGGCGGCAGCGGUUGCAGCAUCACAUGGGCGUGCUUCGUAUAAGAGCUUGCCCGCGCCUCGCGCUCAACCUCUGCGGCAGAGCAUAUCCUCAUGCAGUCGACAUGAUCUUAUUAUCCUGCUCUCACUAGGGGAGUGCGAAAUCAUCAAGAAUCACUGCGGCACACACACACACAGAGAG